AGCAAAUAGUAAGAUAGUAUUAAACUUUUAUCAAUUAGGUCAAUAUUUAUAAUAGUUGGCCUGAUCUACUUUCGCACGAAAAUGGAAAUAAACUAAUACAUAGGCUUAGGUUAGUACUAGAAACUUACACGAAGUGUAGUAAUAGACACAUCAUUACUUCGAAAACUAACUAAAAAUGUUUCUGUUCGAAGUUCACCGUAUUCCCAGAGAAAAGCUAGUCAUACACAUGUCAUAGUUGUUAAAAGAAUUGUGGAGAAAGUUACGAAAGUACACUUAGAAACGAUUAUAUAAAUACGCCCAAAUCGGAUAAUAUCAAAAUAAGCAAGUUUAAUGUGUGCAUUAAAACGUAGUUUGCAUACGCUGUUGUUUACCCCUGUUUAUCAUAGUACUAUUUUAAGAUAGUAAAUUUGGCAAACAAAUAUGGAUAUUACGGGUAUUUUGAGACAUGAUAAAGAAAGGAUUUUAAACGAGGACUGUACACACAUUCAUGAACCGCACAAUAAUUCCACAAUUAGAGUAAAAAGAGUGGAUUUGUGUUCCUUGACCUGUGCAAUAAUCAGCACUCUGGCAUGUAUUUUUGCAUGCUUAUGUGUUAUUUACUGUCACAUAGUCUUGGAGGAAAUAAGGGCAAAUCAUCUUAACAUAGAAAAAUUUAGAAUCUCAGCGUCUAGGGCCAAUAUUAAAGCGGGAGUAUCUAAUGACAACAGUAAGUUAGUGGAUUACAACAGUGCAGGCAACAAUGCAUUUGGUGAUUCUGACACUGAUGUAUACGAAACUGAAGAUUUUGAAGACGAUAAGAAUAAUAUUGCUCAGCUCGACAGUAGUCUGGAUCUAACUGCUGGUUUAUCAAGUGAAACUUUCCAUUUUGGUGAAAAGAAGGAACAAAGGGUGAGGCGGGGUACGAAGGAAGACAUAAAAGCAUGUAGGAAGAAGUGCAAGGGGACAGGUCGAGAAAAGAGAAAAUGCAAGAGGGCUUGCAGAAAAAAUGCACCAACGAAUGUUCAAGGGAUCAACAUCAAUUCACAAAUAAAUCUGCCUGCUGCACACUUUGAGGCCAAUAUGAGAGAUGAGCAAACGCAGAUACUAGCGGACACACGGUAUAAUCAGGUCAAGAAAGAAGAUGAAGGACCUUUACAGAUAUUUAAACAAGCUGACUGGGUAAAGGAUUCCUCCCCGGUAUAUUUUAGCAACGAUUCUGUUGCUACGACUAAAUCUUCAGGGAUAUUUCUCGUAUACGCUCAGGCGUACAUAGGAGGAGUGGAACCGGAAAAGUCAAUCAUUGUGGUACAACAAAGGGACGGGAAAGAGGUAAACGCCCUCUCCUGCGACAAUGGUGUUAACUCGGGUCAUGCUUCGGAACAAAUGCAAACAUGUUCUGUGUUCGGAUUAAUGAAAUUAGAAAAGGGUGAUACAAUAGAAAUCCAAAGAAGUGAGGCUACAGUAGGAAUAAAUCUAGAUGUAGAUAAAACCUUUUUUGGUCUAGUCCAGCUCAGCGGCAUUGCAGUGAAAUAAUAAGAGAUGUAGAUGAUGAUGUCGAUAAAUGUCUCAUAUAAAAAAGACGCUUCUCUUUAUGAGAGAACAUAUUUUGCACCUAUAUCAUCUGCGGUUUUGAUGAAGCUAAACCGUGCAAUACAUUGUAAAUAACAUUUUUCAUAUUUGUCAAUAGAAGUUUAUUUAUUUCUAAACAAAUGAAGCAAAAUAUAUUGUUUUGUAGAGUCUUGCCUGAGUAUGAAAAAUACACGAUGCAUAUAUUGUUA